AUGUCAAAAACGAAGGAUCCAAAGAAAAGUAUUCUCGCAUCAACUUUGGCUGGCACUGGAGCUGGGAAACCUACUGACGUUUUAAAGACAAGGUAUCAGUCGGCUCGAGUUUCUGCGAAUUACGAAGGAUUUGGUAUAAUAAAAUCAUUUCAACAGAUUAUCGGCAGAGAAGGUUUAUUCGCUCUAUAUAGAGGGACUUUGCCUGUCAUGUGUAUUGUUACCCCAAGAGUAUCACUGCAAUACACCGGGCUGGCAAUGUUCAAGCCCAUAUUCGAUCGGAUGGAGGGAGUGAUAAUACCUCCUGGAAGUUCGUCUGCAUUAACUGGGGUUUGCACGGGAAUUAUGCAAGCCGUCACUUUGGUUACACCAUUAGAGUUGGUUAAGAUAAGGCAACAAACAGAUUUGAACAAGCAAAAAUAUCGUGGAAUGUUUUCUACCAUCGUAUCAAUUGUGAGACAGGAGGGAAUACUGGCACUUUACAACGGCCUAUUGCCAACAAUUUUUAGACAAUCGUGGGGAUUAGCUGUCAAGUUCACAGGUUAUAACACAUUCAAAGAUUUUUUCUCGACCAUAAACAAUAAUCAACCUCUAUCACCGUGGCAACAUGCAGCAUCCGGGUUUUCGGCAAACAUUCUGGUGGGUAUAUUAAAUUCACCCCCGGAUGUGGUUAAAACUAGGAUGCAAGAUCAGGACGUGGGAUACAAGAAUAGUUGGGAAUGUGUGAAGGCAAUGCUAAGGAAAGAAGGUGUAAAAUCCUUCUUUAAAGGUGCCACGUUAAGGUGUGUCAGGAUUGCGCCUGGAGGGGCCAUACAAUUUUCCACCUACGAAUAUUUAGACAAAGUGAUUAAAGAAUAUAUCAAAGUAUAG